UGUGAAACGAAAAAACGCCUCAUCUUUUUCGCACAGACGGCGCCAGAGUCGUUCCUGUAUGUAUAUACAUACGUAUGCCCAUGCCGUUCACGUGUAAUUCAGUAUUGAGUCGAUGUUCCACGUAAUUAGAAACUCUUCAACGAGGAUUUAGAAUCUAAACCUUAAAAAUGAACGUAAUUACCGAAUCCGAGAACAGACGUUUGCGAUCCUUGCAGGAGAAGAAACAGUCAUUUAAAGCAAAGGGACAACUUAUACAGCAAGCAUUGAGUAACUUGGAUAACACUACGAACAAUAAGAAAAUUAUAUUUGAUGGCAUUGACAAACAGCAAAGUCCAAAGAAAAAGACGAAGAGAGAUUUGUUUGACAGCGACGAUGACAAUAAUAACGAAAAGGAUUCUCUAUGGAAUGAGGACGAAUUUAAAGUCAAGAAGAGUAAAAAGAUAACUCUUGGCAAUGAUGCUCGUUUUACUCUAGAUGAUCGUUUUACAGAAGACAAUUAUCAAACUGAGGAAAAUAAAGUUGUUGAAGGUGACGAGUGUAAUUUGCAGAAGGAGAAAGAAAGGCAAUUGGAUAUUUUAGAAAGUAUUUUAGGAACACCACUUAAUGUAAAAAGCCAGGAAACAAAACCUGCUAAGAAGGGAUUGAUGAUACGAUAUGAUCCAACUGAAAACAGACAUUGUGAAUACGAAAUUAAACCUGCACAGCCAGAAAUUAAAGAGAAAAAUACUAAAAAAAAGAAAUGUGAUAAGUCUAUACCAGAAAUUGUGGAACCUGCACCUCCAGAACCUGAAGUGUCCAAGGAUAUUUAUUAUGCUGUAUCUGAUACUUUGGUAGAGAGUCUGAAACAGAAAGAAGAAUUUAGUUUGUUAAAAGCAUAUGGAAAGGAAAAAGAUGACACAGAAAAUAUCAAGGAUAAUGAUGCAUCCAUUGUAGAAAAAACGCAAAGAUUUAGGUUUAAUUUUAAUGCAAACAACGCAUUUAAACAUGAUUCAUCUGAUGAUGAAGAUACAUAUGAAACACCAAAUAUAGAUAAUGAAAUUGUUGUUGAAACUAAAGAAGAUACUCAACAAAAUAGCUUAUUUGACUAUAAAGAUAUUCUAUUUUUUGAUAACAAUGAUGUACGAUUUAAUGAGGCUACAAGAUUCUUCAGCACAGAGGCUGCUUCAAAUGAUCAACUUAACAAUUUAAGACGCGAAUUGAAAACAAUUGUACGUAUGAAAGUUCGUAAUAACGAAAGGAGGCGCCAACUGCUUGUAAAAAAAAGAAAAAUAAAAAAGUCCUAGUAGUAUUUUUCUAUUUUAAAUAUCUAUAAUUGUGUAAAAAUAUAACAAUGAAUACAACAACUGGACAAUUUUAUUUUA